AUUAAGUAAAACUAUCAUCGUUCUUCAGUUCGCUGUAACUAAUGCUUCAUCUCCGUAGCUUUGUUGCAGCGCGCUCGUUGAUUCUGCACAGACCAAGUGCAGCGCCCUUUAGUUAUUCUCCGGCCAGGCGCUUUCUGUCGCGACUCGCGAAGACUCGUUCUUUCCACUCCUCAACACGAAGAUAUGAAGAGCUCCCGAAAUCACCCUUUCAAACUUUCGUCGACGUGCUUCGUGACGAACUUAGGAAAAACCGCGAACUUCAAGAUAAUGUUAAACAGCUUCAGGGUGACGUUGACAAACUUCAGGAUUCGGACGCCAUGAAACGGGCGAGGGAAGUAUAUGAGCGUGCAAGGUUGACGUCCAGCAUCAAGGAAAACCCCCGUUUGAGGGCAGCGGCGGAGGAGCUGAAGGCGACGGGUGUUAAGGUCGGCGACGCGGUAUCAGAGGCAUUGAAGACAAUGGAAGAGAGCGAAAUAAUGCGUGCAAUUUCGCGAGCAACAACGUCCCUCUCUAGUACCAUUGCUACAACAACCGAGCCCAUCCGUCAGACGGCUGCUUACAAAACUCUUGCAGAAACUCUCGUCGACGCCCUGGACGACUCUGGGUCCGCAAAGCAUGCCGGGUUCGAGGAUAAGGAAGCUCGGAGACGUCGCAGGCAAAAACGUCUCGAGAAGGCGGGCCUAAGCGGACGUCGAGUAAUGGAGGAGAACCUAGGAGCGGGCCAAUCAAUCAUAUAUCUUAAACCCUCGCCUCGCGCGGAAGCUUGGGAAAACUUCAAGUCUAGGAACCCUGUAAUGCAACGCUUGUCCUCGCUACAUGCCGCGUACGAAGAGUCGGAGUCUCCCCUCCUUACCCCACUUCGUGCUGUGACCAGUACGAUUGGGUCCUGGUUCGAGGAGAACGAAACAGCCCAAGUGACACGCAUGAUCCGCGCGAUGGAUCCGAGCUUUUCGAGGGAGGCGUUCGAGAGGGAAUUGAGAGAAUAUAUCGUUCCGGAAGUCGUAGAUGCGUACUUGAGUGCAGAUAGGGAGUCGCUUGUCAGGUGGUGCAGUGAAGCGACAUACAAUGUUCUUUGGGCAACCAUGGAACAAUAUCUUCGCCAGGGCCUUGUCAGUGACAGUAAAGUGCUUGAUAUCCGGUCAGUAGACGUUUCUGAUGGAAAAAUUCUCGACUCCUCUAUCCCUGUCUUUGUCGUGACAUUCUCGACACAAGAGAUUCUCCUAUUCCGCAAUGCAGCCUCGCGUGAGAUCGUUGUCGGCGCCGAAAACCGAGUAGAACAAUGCGUAUAUGCUGCGGUGAUCACACGCGUCCACGAGGAGUUAGCGGACGAGGUUACGGGAGGGUGGAAGGUUGUCGAAAUGGCACGCAGGUCCUCCCGGGCGUAUCUAUAGUCGUGUUAAUUGGAUACUGGGCACUAACACAACACAUUGAUCACUGCUUUGCUUAAUCAUUAAUCACCACUCAUCUCGUCAUAACAGUAUCUUAUUACAUUGACUAUAAGAAUUUUGUCAGAACCUAAGCCUGG